AACACAAUUUCCUGAACAACGUCCUAGUGUACUCCGGCGAAGCCUCACCGGAAAAAGUUCUAUAUCCGGAGAUCCCGUAGUCAAAAGCAUGAGGCCUCCACUCGGGAAGCCGAUCAACAUCAACGCCAUGGCUCGCAAGAUCGACGUCGAUGAUCGAAUUCCUCUUCGUAAUUAUUACCGAAUCGCCGAUAAUCUCCUCAAACAGGCACGCAUAUAUCGAGAGGAAAAGAAUGUUAUAGAUUUGUAUGUUAUGCUUCUAAGAUAUUCAAGUUUGGUCCUGGAUACUAUAAGAUUUCAUCGUGACUACCAGGUUUUAUGUUCAAAGGAACGCGCAUAUUGCAAGAAGCAAUUGCUUGUGGUGAUGGAUGAGUUGGAAUCUUUGAAAGACGAAGUUGGCCGUCAAGUAGAUGGAUUGAACAAAGGUCAUACUAGAAAUGAAGAAUCUCAACCAAAUGGCCUUGGAGAAACCCUACCACAUAGGUCAGGGGAGUCUUAUUUUCAAGUACCUGCUGUGAAUAACAGAGUUCCUUCCGGCUUUGAUAACAAACAGUCCCACAACAGGGAAAGUCUGCUAUCAUGGAAUCAGAACCUUGGGAGUACUCAAAAUAAACAAUCAAGUUCCAAUGACAUGCAGUUUCAAAAGCUAUCUCUAUUGCCACCUCCCAGACAAGAAACUUUAUCAAGACAUUCUCUUUUAGGCCCUAAUGGUCUUCGCAGUCAGUGGGCAGGCCCUAGUGCUCAGAUAAAGGUGCAGUAUCCAACGUAUAGCGACUUAAAUUCAAGUGAUAAUUUAAGCUUAAUUCAGUCUGCACAAAGUGACCUUACUGGUGUCAAAGAUGGCAACUCAGGAGUGGAUAUAUCUACAAUGGAAUCAGUGCUCUCGUUAGAUGAUGGUAGAUGGUCGCGUCCUGCUGUGGAGUCAUUCACUCAGUUUGAUGAUGAUCAUUUUCUUUCUGGAAAUAUUAGGCAACCUUCUCCCCCUCCUGUGCUUGCUCGACUGCAGCCAGAACAUAGUCCAAUUUCUCCAGCACGAGUUGCUGACCCAAGACCUGGACCUGCAAAGUCGUUGCAAGAUGAUGCAACCACUUCUAAUACAUAUCACCAUUUACAUAUUCCUGUACAAAUGAUGCAAGCUUUUUUGAGAUUGGCACAGGAAAAUACUAAAAAAAAUUUAGAAACAUGUGGUGUUCUUGCUGGUUCUUUGAAAAACAGGAAUUUUCAAAUCACCACACUUAUUAUACCAAAGCAGGAGUCGACUUCUGAUUCAUGUCAGACACUGAAUGAAGAAGAUAUAUUUGAGGUUCAGGACAAGCGUUCUCUCUUCCCUCUUGGAUGGAUUCAUACUCAUCCAUCGCAGACCUGUUUCAUGUCAUCAGUUGAUCUGCACACUCAUUACUCAUAUCAGAUUAUGCUUCCAGAAGCAAUUGCAAUUGUGAUGGCUCCUUCAGACACAUCUAGUCCGCAUGGUAUAUUUCACCUUUCGGACCCUGCUGGAGUGAAACUCAUACGGAAUUGUGAUCAACGUGGUUUUCAUCCUCAUGAGGAACCAGAUGAUGGCAGCCCAAUUUACGAGCAUUGUUCUCAUGUUUAUAUGAAUGAGACUGUGAAAUUUGACGUUGUAGAUCUUCGAUGAACUUAGUUACGUAAUUCCAGCUGUAAAUUAUUUUCACAGAUAUGUUUUUGUGAAUAUGAUCUGGGGGUGUGAGGGGACAAACUUUUUGUGAAGAGUUGCAGUAAGAGACAGACAGGUAUAUGUUCCUAUGGUAUGUGUCUGAAUAUAUUGGUUACAUACGGAUUAUUAGUC